CAGCCUUCAGGGGAGCUCCCUUUUUUACUUUACCGUGGUACAUAUACAAAGUACGGACCAACGAAGCGGUAACUCUUGAUUAGGUAGGGGUAGCUAUGUACCUACCUACCUAUGUAUGUAACCCGUUAACUCAACUAAUUCACCUUUUGGAUUUCAAAGUAACAUCCGACACCACCUACGUUACCACCUUCGUCACAUGCCAGCUUUCAAUACGGAAUACUGCCUACCAAAUUCCAUUGUGUUACUGCGUCAUCUUUGUUAACUUACCCGGUCGCUAUGUAUUCGUUAUCGAAUUCCAGCGCAUGAUGAACUCUAGACCAGUACGAGACAGAGGGCUAGGAGUGCAACCAUGUCGUUGCGACCGCUUGUAUCCUCGACUGAGCAUAGGGGACAACGCGAUGACGAAUCGGCAGCUAUGAGGACUUCGGCGCAAAGGAAUAUGGCUUCGAGUCAGCUGGACCGGGCGACGACAGUUUCCCCCGACUCGAGACAAAUUACACCUACGCAUCCUUCGCGCCGCCGUGUCAUCAUUCCAGACCCCGUAGCUUUCAGGUAUCUUGAAGGGGACCCGUGUGUUACUGUUGCUGAGCAAAGUCGAGAAAUCCGAGGGUACGAAUUAUACCUAGUUGAACAAUGGGCUUGUUCCCGCCAGUCGCCCACUGUCGUUAUCGUUACAUAUACUGGGGACAACAAACACGUCGUUGUUGUGGGCGUAUUAAGCGUUCCGGCCGACGAGAAAGCCUGGUCGCCAAAAUUGCGUCUCUAUUUCAAAGCUAUCCAACAGUACCAUGCACGACCGAAAGAAACGGAUUAUGGCGAGUUGAUGGUAACAAACCUGAGUAGCUUUCCUUCUGCUUUAACCGUUAUACUAGUUCCCGAUGGCGACAUAAAAAAACAUCGAAGGGAGUUUAUCGUCAUUGAAGAUCUCAAGAGGCUCGGAUGUUCUGGUCGAUCUGGUAUGACCCUGUCCGAGCCCACUGGAGCCGCCAAAGCCAAGUUCUACCAGCUAUAUAAGACAACCGAGAAGAUGCCGUUUUCAGACGUCGUCAUUGAAUUGGUUAAGAUUUGCCAAGUGGCUCUCUUAUUGUUUGGAAAAUUGGAACAGGUUUAUAUUGAUGGACUGCUCUGCGAUGUAACCGAGACUGCCAUUGGGGAUUGGUGGACGGAGUUUGGAGCUGAAUACUACAACAUAGAACCGGCGGAUGGGAUUUUAGGCCCGACGACUGUUGCUGCGUUGCUUGGUUUAUUAAUGGGCGCGCGAAAUAGGUUGAGCUACUUUGGAGCACCUGUCCCAAAAGAUGUAUUCGACAUCGACGCCACCGAGAAAGGCAUUUCUCACUUCCAAAAAUACCAGAAGCUGGAGAGAACACGCCGAUUGGAUCGGCAAACUAUGCACAAGCUUCAUACCGUAACUGCAAAAGCAGCCGCAGGCGAAGGUUGGGGCGUACAAAAAGCAGUUAAAUCAACAAUGACCGAAAUAGGUGGAAAGCGAGGCGAGAUUGUCCUUGGGAUGGUCAGUGGGCGCGACAAAGGUGGGAUCGGAGAUAUUGAGACUCUAGAUCUUGAUAGGUUCAUCCACUUAGCCUCUGGAGAGCGAGCGAAGUGGCUAUGGUUCGGCAAGCCUAAGCGUUCUACGGCUGACAAUCACGAAAAGCCUAUUCCCGAUAUGAGUAAUAUCCUAUUCGGAAAGGAGGAGUCUUCUAGUCAAGCAAGAAGGACGCAUUCGACACCUUUGGAAGAAGAGACGGAAACUCGCCGGAGAGAAGACACUCCUAUUUAUUCGACUCCAGCUCCCGGGUCCGCGGUUAGCAUAGCGGAUAGCCCCGGGGACAAGGAUGCUAUCCGGCGUGGAUUCAAGAGCGUCGCUCGAGAUGCUCGUUCAGGUCUUGGACGUAUAAAGGAUGCUGUUUAUAGUGGAGGUGGUCUACGUGGUCACAAUAGUCGGCUGUCGAAAGACGAAUUUUCGGAAACCACGAUUACCGGGCCGCGAUCGUCUAUGCUCUCCGAUUCUUCGACGGGGAUUACGAUAAGUCCAAGUUCUGGUUCGGGCCCAGGACAGAUUGGUAGAGCAUUUACUUGGAAGACUAAGCCGGAAGAGUACCUGAGCGCCAUGAGGAGAGACAGGGAAAUUGAAUCCGCCCCGGCCUCGGUAGCCCUACUGGGGACAGAGGAAUCGCCUGUUAAAGAAGUACGGCUAACGCCUAAAGCAAAUGGCCACGUGCAAAGAUCGAUGAACGAGGACUUCAAACGUGGUUCACAAGCCAUAGAGGUGCGAAAUGAAGUAGCAGCGGGGGUCGAAUCCUCAGUGGCAAACUCGGUUGUUGCCGAAAGUGAUCUUCAAGGACCGUUCGUCGAGACGGAGCAGCAGUUUAGUACCAUCCUACCUAGUCUAUAUAGGCGUCACAGUAUCGGGGGUUCACGGCUUCCGGAACGAUACUCCUUGAACGAGGCUAGAUGGGCGCGGAGACUUUCCUUCGGAGACGCUGAAGAAGCCGUCCUCCGGUGGGAAGAGGUAAUCAGCCUCGAUCAGAACGCGAAUUCGGAUAGUAUAGAAGUGCCGGAGAAGCAUGCGUAUCUGACGGAGCUUGCCAGGAGUCUGUACGUGAAUGUUUUCGACGUUAAGCAGAGCAUUGAGCCGUGGGCCGAUUCCAAGGUUAAAUCAGUCGUGGAGUUGGAUGAUUACUACGCACGCCAACAAGAGGAAUUGCAGGCGCUCUACGAUCAGCUCACUGAUGCAUACAGACGGACCAAAGAGGAUUCGCAGGAGACAAUCGCAGCUCAAAGGGCGCGUAUCACGGAAGCACUUGGAGACGUUGGAGUACAGGCGGCCAAGCUAGAGUACGAGAUUAACGCUCUUGUUUCCCGCGUCCAAGAUGUCGAGGAGGGCGUUGCGCAGUUCGAGAUACAAGUGGACGACGUAGAACGGAGGGCAGACGAGCUGAAGAAACAACUCGAAACAGAAAGCUGGCUGCACUGGGCGAUGCGAACGCUGACGGGAAUCGGUACGGGCCCGAACAUUACGAGACCACGGCAAGAACCUCAACAUCAGGAAUGAUUAUUCAUUGAUUAUAUUCUAAUUCGAAACAUGAUACUUGUACUGGUUUGAAGAUAUCGAUAUCCUUUAAUUACACUACGGGUCUGGUGGGAAAAAAGGAGAGAGCAUAUAGCAUUUGGAGUUAGCAAGUCAUUAUUCGUUUAUGUAGUUAUUAAAUUACUUGUAUAUCUAGGUACCAGAUACCCGGGCUGGCGUAAUAGAUUUCAUUACUACGGAUUACAUAUUAUACCUAUUUCUUAGUUAGUAUGAUCCUGACAUGCUUGUGCUUGAAUUUCU